AUGGCAGCGGUUGACGUUGAAUCUCGUGUGACCGAGCAGUUGGUUCUUCCAUCGCGAGAACGAGUAGAACCUGGCUCCCACAAUAUUCCCCUCGGUAGGUUCCCCGAAACAAACAUAGCCGCUCCAGAGGACCCUGACCAGAUUGCAACUGGGAUUGUGGAACAAUUGAACACGGCCCUCGAGAAGAAAGAUGCCAGCGCCAUCUCUAAACUAUUCUUGGAGAACAGCUACUGGCGUGAUCACCUCUGCCUGUCCUGGGAUUUCCGAACCAUCAAGGGACGUGAAGCAGUUUCGAAAUUUGUGAUGAAGAGCUCUUCAUCCAUCAAGAUUGAACUUGACCGCUCGUCUGCCUUCAGAGCGCCGCACAAUGGCCCCAUUGAUGCUUUUGGCGAAGUCCAUGGAGUUGAAUUCUUCAUCAAGGCCACCACCAACUUCGGAACUGGCCAAGGCGUCGUGAGAUUGGCACAGGAAGAGACCAAGUGGAAGAUUUUCACUGUUUUUACUACACUGUUGGAGUUGAAAGGCCAUGAAGAGGCGACCAAUGCCCGAAGACCUGUUGGAGUGAAGCACGGAGAGCAGCAAGGGCGCCAGAACUGGCAGGAUCGACGCACUGCCGACAGCAAAUACGUGGACAGAGAUCCCGCUGUACUCAUUGUCGGUGCCGGCCAAGGGGGUCUUACUGCCGCAGCUCGACUCAAAAUGCUCAACGUCGACACUCUUGUCAUUGAUCGAGUGGACCGAAUUGGAGACAGUUGGCGUCGGAGGUACCAUCAACUCGUUCUCCACGAUCCCGUUUGGUACGACCACCUUCCUUACCUGAACUUCCCAUCCAACUGGCCAAUCUUCACGCCCAAGGAUAAGCUCGCCGAAUUCUUUGAGUCAUAUGUCAAGCUUCUAGAGCUGAACGUCUGGAUCCAGACAGAACUCAAGUCAGCAUCAUAUGAUGAAGGGAAGAGGCAAUGGACUGUCGUCCUUGAGCGCAAGACAGAAGCCGGAACCACUGAAACGCGCACUCUGCAUCCGCACCAUGUCAUCCAAGCGACUGGCCACUCAGGCAAAAAGAACAUGCCAACCUUCAAGGGCGCAGAGAACUUCAAAGGCGACCUGAUUUGCCACAGCUCCGAGUUCAAGGGUGCGAAUCCCAACUCCCAGGGCAAGAAGGCGAUCGUCGUCGGCUCUUGUAACUCCGGUCACGAUAUCGCCCAGGAUUACGUGGAGAAAGGCUACGAAGUCACAAUGGUGCAGCGAAGCUCUACCUGCGUUGUGACUUCGGACUCAAUUGUGAAUAUCGGUUUGAAGGGCCUGUAUGAGGAAGCUGGUCCCCCAACUGAGGACUCGGACGCAUAUCUGUGGAGCAUCCCUCCUGAGUUAUUCAAGGCACAGCAACUUAAAGUCUCUGAGAUAAUGGCCAAAACUGAUGCAAAGACCCUCGAUGGGCUGGAGAAGGCUGGAUUCAAGGUCGACCGCGGCCCCAUGGAUGCAGGUCUUCUAAUCAAGUACUUCCAGCGUGGUGGUGGGUAUUAUAUCGAUGUCGGUGGUAGCCAGUUGAUCGCCGAGGGGAAGAUCAAAGUGAAGCAAGGACAGGAAAUCAGCGAGGUACUCCCAAACGGACUCCGAUUUGCCGACGGCUCGGAAUUGGAAGCCGAUGAAAUUAUUCUUGCGACUGGCUACCAGAACAUGCGCACUCAGGCGCGGAUUAUCUUUGGUGAUGAAGUUGCCGAUCGGGUCGGUGAUGUAUGGGGCCUUGAUUCGGAGGGCGAGAUGCGAACUAUCUGGCGUCGCAGUGGCUAUCCAGGCUUCUGGUUUAUGGGUGGAAACCUGGCUAUGUGCAGAUACUACUCUCGUCUGCUGGCACUACAGAUUAAGGCGCUGGAGGAGGGCAUUGCUUCGUACUAG